AUGACGCCUGCAAAUGCCUUCGAAACUAGCGUCGGUCACUUCUGGGGUAUCUGGAGCACUCGAGAUUACAUGUGUGCACGAUAUGAAUUAGCAGAUACGGUUCGCAGAGUCGGGUCGUUGGACGGUGUUACCGAGGCUCUUGACCACAUGCGAGAUAUGCUUCGGCUGUGCAGAGGGGACAACAUGGGCGUACGAGAUCUCAUUCCUCCAAUGAUGCUGCAGCUAGACCUAGAUCAAGAAUGCUAUGAUUUCAUCAAAUGGUACCAGACAGAAGGUCAGCGCAGCGACUACGAUUGGGGCAAUCUAGACUUGCCCUUCCUCAAUGUCCGCGGCGCCAAUGUGCUCGAAGGCGUGCAAUACUUGGACAAGAAGUACGGAGAUGUUCCACAUAUCUCCGCACUCCUGUUGCUCAAACUGAAACUGCUCACCGACGUUAUCGCCCUCAAGCUCACUCGAAAGGUUAUCCCAAGUCAUCUGCCUCCUGAGUUAUGGGAGGAAGUCGAGAUGAACGUGAUUCGAAGCCCAAUAAGUCGCCGAUGGGCGGGGAAAAGCUCCAAGGAGCUCACGAACGUGCACCAGAAGCUUCAAUAUCAGGUCUUGACCCUCGGCAAGAUUCUGCGGAACCUCAAUGAGUACUACGUCUAUUCUGCUUGGUGGCAACACGAGGGCGUUUUGGAGAUACUGCAGUCGGCCAAGGCCAUAGCAGGCAAGGACUCCGAAGACGAGAUCGACGAUAUGAUGGACACUUCGACUUUCCGCAAUAACCCAGGCUCAGAGCGCACCAAGAAAGAGUUGCUGGAUGACGUGAGUCGCAAUCGGCUUUGGGGAUACCUCGACUAA